AUGUCCGCACCUAGAGGAGGCGGCGAUAGAGGUCGAGGCGGCUACCGCGGCGAUCGAGGCGAUCGUGGAGGCGGCCGUGGAGGCGCACGAGGCGAUUUUGGAGGUCGAGGCAGAGGUGAUGGUGGGUUCCGUGGAGGCAGAGGAGAUGGUGGGUUUCGUGGCGACCGAGGUGGUGGAUUCCGUGGAGAUCGAGGUGGUGGGUUUCGCGGAGACAGGGGUGGCGGUUUUCGAGGCGAUAGAGGCGGCGGCGGAGGUCGUGGCGGUGGAAGAGGUGCUCCGGUAGAGAACCAGGUUUUUCCGAAUCCUGCGCCUCAAGACCUGAAGGUCGCGAAGGUUGAAGAUGCCAUGCAUCCAGCUGGGAAGAAGGCGCUCGACCUGGGUGCCUUGAAGCUGUCGGAAGGCAACCCAACCAGGCCUGGAUACGGCACUAGAGGCAUCAAGGUAGAGCUCACCGCAAACUAUGUUGAGUUGCUCCCACCAUCGAACAUGGUUCUACAUCGGUAUGAUGUCGACAUUCAACCUGAGGUCGCUGGUAGAAAGCGUCACAGAGUUCUGGAGCUCUUGCUCCAAUCAUCGGAGAUGGCUCCUUACAAAGGCGGCGUUGCCACCGACUUUCGUCAAACAAUUGUCUCCAAGACGAAAUUCAAGCACGACGACGACAUCAUCGAGAUCCAGUACCGCUCCGAAGGCGAAGACGACCCAGCUGCCAACGCCGUCGUAUACAAGAUUAGGAUCAAGUACAUUAGGACCCACAAUAUCGGUGAGCUGGUCAAUUGGAUGAACUCAACCAACAUCGGUCAGGACUUUGGCGAUAAGCAAGAGUUGACGCAAGCGCUCAAUAUCUUCUUGAACCACUACGUCAAAUCCGCUAACAACCUCGCCACGAUUGGUUCGUCGAAGAGCUUCUCCCUGAACCAAAAUGCGACAAAGGGAGAUCUCGGUGCUGGCCUGAAUGUCAUUCGUGGCUUCUUCUCAAGUGUGCGCGUUGCGACGUGUCGCAUCUUGGUCAACAUUAACGUCAGUCAUGGAGCCUUUUACCAUGAUGGUCCUUUGCCAGCGCUCAUGGGAAGCUACGGUACUUGGAAUACCAUCGCCCUGGAGAAGUUCCUCAAGCUGGUUCGCGUUCAGACGAAUCAUCUCCCCGAGAAGCGUAACAAAGCUGGCCAGGUCAUUCCUCGCAUCAAGACCAUCUUUGGACUUGCUAGGAAGGACGACGGGCACAAGCUAGCGAACAGACCACGUAUUAGAGGACACGGUGCAGGCGCCAAGGAUGUUGAAUUCUGGCUCGACGGCGAUGCCGGCUCUUCUAGUACACCCAAGGCGGAAGCGGGCGCUCCAAAGGGUAAGGGUAAAGGAAAGGUUCAACCCAAGGGUCCGGCACCUUCUGGUUCAGGAAGAUACAUCAGUGUAUUCGACUUUUUCAAGACAACAUACAACCGCAUACUCCAACACCCCGAGCUUCCUGUAGUCAACUGCGGUAACCGGGAGAAUCCGAUGUACCUCCCCGCAGAGGUUUGCGUCGUCGUUCCGGGCCAGCCAUCGAAGGCCAAGCUUGAUGGAGGUCAGACACAGACGAUGAUCCGAUACGCUGUACGCAAGCCGUGGGAGAAUGCGAAAUCCAUUCUCAACGAAGGUGUAUCCACCGUCGGUUUAGAUGAGAACACAAAUGUCCUGCUGCGGUCUUUCGGACUCACGAUCACGCCCGGUCUCGUCAAAGUCCCCGGCCGGAUCCUCAAUGGCCCGAAGGUCAUCUAUAAAGGCAACAAAACUGCAGAUCCGCGUUUCGGCAGUUGGAAUAUGAUUAAUAUCAAGUUUAAUACCGGCGCCAGUCUCGCAAGAUGGGGUACUGUCAUGAUAUCUCUUCCGUCCAAACGCGACUCCUUCGAUGCCCAAGCCCUGACCGCGGUGAUGCGGGAAUUUCAUCAAGGCUUGCUCAAAAUCGGUGUCAAUGCCAGUCAGCCCAUCGACCCACAGCGUCUUGUGCUCCAGCAUCCAGAGGACGCUUCCCUUGGCCCGUUCCUACAAAAGGCCGCUAACUCUCUAGAUCUCUUGUUCAUCGUACUACCCGAGGCAAACAUACCUUUGUACAAGCGCAUCAAGACACUCGCCGAUAGGGACUACGGCCUCCAUACCAUCUGUUCUGUAGGCUCCAAGCUCUCGAAGGACCGGGGCCGCGACCAGUACAUUGCUAAUGUCGCGCUGAAGUUUAACUUGAAGCUUGGAGGUAUCAACCAAAUCGUCGAGAAUAAGAACUUGGGUAUCAUCGAUCAAGACAAGACGAUGGUGGUCGGCAUCGACGUCACACACCCUUCACCUGGUUCGGCUUCUAAUGCACCCUCUGUGUCGGCAAUGGUCGCUUCUGUCGACAGGUUCCUUGGCCAAUGGCCUGCUACACUUCGCAUCCAGCACGGAAGGCAGGAAAACGUCGACGAUCUCGCUGAGAUGUUGAAGUCGCGCCUCAACCUAUGGAAGACUAAGGGAAAGCACUCUGCAUUCCCAGAGAACAUCCUCAUUUACCGCGACGGAGUGUCAGAAGGACAGUAUGAUAUGGUUCUCUCACAAGAGCUUCCUCAGUUGCGAAAGGCUUGCGAGGCAGUUUACCCAGCGCCCGACACCAAGAAGGGUCUCCCACGUUUCACAGUCGUUAUCUGCGGUAAGCGACACAAGACCCGUUUCUAUCCCACUAAGCUGGAAGACUGCGAUCGCUCCGGCAACACGAAGCCUGGUACCGUCGUCGAUCGUGGCGUAACCGAAGCCCGCAACUGGGAUUUCUUCCUUCAAGCACACGCUGCCCUCCAGGGAACAGCGCGCCCCUGUCACUACUACAUUGUGCACGACGAGAUCUUUCGCCAGAUCUACGCGAAACAGGUUCCGGCGCAAUUUGGAAACAUUGCCGAUAUUGUCGAAGACCUUACACACAACAUGUGUUACUUGUUCGGCCGUGCGACAAAAGCCGUCAGUCUUUGCCCACCAGCUUACUAUGCUGAUCUAGCUUGCGAACGUGCGCGCUGUUACUUGGCGAACUUGUUCGAUACACCAACCCCGAGCGCUGCGCCUUCCAUGGCUGGGACUUCAGUAGCUGGAGGUGCGGGGCAGGAUCCGAAUGCGGCGGAUGUGCAGAUCCAUCCCAAGCUUAAGGACACCAUGUUCUACAUCUAG